ACGGUGCAGGAUGGGCCGCGGCGCGGGGCUGCUGUCGGGGCUGCUGCUGCUGCUGCUGCGGCCGCCGCCGGGCUCGGACGCCGCGGCCAGCGCCCAGCCGCCGCACCUGGUCUUCGUGCUGGCCGACGACCUGGGCUGGAACGACGUGGGCUUCCACGGCUCGGACAUCCGCACGCCGCAGCUGGACGCGCUGGCGGCCGGCGGCGUGCUCCUGGACAACUACUACACGCAGCCGCUGUGCACGCCGUCGCGCAGCCAGCUGCUCACCGGCCGCUACCAGAUCCACACAGGGCUGCAGCAUGAGAUCAUCUGGCCCUGCCAGCCUAGCUGCGUGCCCCUGGAUGAGAAGCUCCUGCCCCAGCUGCUGAAGGAGGCCGGCUAUGCCACCCACAUGGUAGGCAAGUGGCACCUGGGAAUGUACCGGAAGGAGUGCUUGCCCACCCGCCGCGGCUUUGACACCUACUUUGGCUACCUCCUGGGCAGUGAGGACUACUACGCCCACAAGCGCUGUGCCUUCAUCAACGCUCUCAAUGUCACACGCUGCGCCCUUGAUUUUCGUGAUGGCGAAGAAGUCGCAACAGGAUACGUGAACCUGUAUUCAACCAAUGUGUUCACCCAACGGGCGACUGACCUCAUCGCGGCCCAUCCACCCCAGAAGCCUCUGUUUCUCUACCUGGCGCUGCAGUCGGUGCACGAGCCUCUACAGGUCCCCGAGGAGUACCUGAAGCCCUAUGACUUCAUCCAGGACAAGAAGAGGCGGCACUAUGCAGGCAUGGUGUCCCUGAUGGAUGAAGCAGUGGGGAAUGUCACUGCAGCCUUGAAGAGCCACGGGCUCUGGAACAACACGGUGCUCGUCUUUUCCACGGAUAACGGUGGGCAGACCCUGGCCGGGGGCAACAACUGGCCCCUGCGCGGGCGGAAGUGGAGCCUGUGGGAAGGCGGCAUCCGCGGUGUGGGCUUCGUGGCCAGCCCGCUGCUGAAGCGGAAGGGCGUCAAGAGUGGGGAGCUCCUGCACAUCUCCGACUGGCUGCCCACGCUCGCGAGGCUGGCGGGGGUGCAGCCCCGUGGCACCAAGCCUCUGGACGGCUUCGACGUGUGGGAGACCAUCAGUGAAGGACGCCCAUCGCCCAGAGUAGAGCUACUGCACAACAUUGACCCAGAAUUUGAGGACUUCUCCCCGUGUCCCCAGGAAGGCGCGACUCCAGUGCAGGCCAAGUCCUCUCUUCCGGAACAUUCAUCCUUUAACACGUCCAUCCACGCAGCCAUCAGACACGGGAACUGGAAACUGCUCACAGGCUUCCCAGGCUGUGGCUCCUGGUUCCCUCCGCCAUCCACACACGGCAUUGCUGAGAUUCCCUCCUCGGAUCCCCUGACGAAGACCUUGUGGCUCUUCAACAUCACUCAGGACCCAGAGGAGAGACACGACCUGUCCCAGGAGCACCCCCACGUUGUGGCCAGGCUGCUCUCGCGCUUGCGUUUCUACCAGCAACGCUCAGUGCCCGUGUUCUUCCCGGACCAGGACCCCCGCUGUGACCCCGAGGCCACCGGUGCCUGGGGGCCCUGGCUGUAGGGUGUCCGGUCAUCCGAGAGACCCCAGCCUUCAAGCAUUCACUCUCCUACCCCAGCUUUCCCCGGCUAACCUAGCUCCCGACCACCCAGGUGUCCAAAUGUGCCCCGGGACAGGUGCUCCUGGCUGGGGCUGUGCCCCGCCCCAUGCUGGGGUCGGCUGGAAAUCCACAGGUGGAAGAGGGG